UUUACUAAAAUGACAACUGGCUCGUCUGUGCUGGGCAUUAGAUACAAUGCCGGAGUCUUAAUCGCUGCAGAUACACUCAUCACCUAUGGCUCCAUGGCGCGUUAUCAAAACGUUGAUCGCAUUUUCAAGAUCAACAAUCGAAUUCUGCUUGGUGGCAGCGGAGAUUUCGCUGAUGUGCAGUGCAUAAUGCGUAGCAUCGAUCAGAAGAUCAUCGAGGAUCAAUACCAAAACUGCUCUACAAAACCGAACUCAUUGGCCACCUGGAUGACACGCGUUCUCUACAAUCGUCGCCUGUGCGAGAAUCCGCUCAACAUUGAUGUCAUUAUCGCUGGCAUCGAUGAAUGCGGCCUGCCCUAUUUGGCUAAUGUGGAUAUGCGUGGAGGCAUUUACGAAGAUUAUGUGCUAGCCACCUGUUUCGCAAAUCAAUAUUGUGUGCCGCUCGUCUGCGAAAGUAAGCCAAGAGAUCGCGAUUUCACAUUCGCAGAAGCAAUUGACUUGAUUCGCAGUUGCAUGCAGGCACUUUACUACCGCGAUACGCACAGCAUUCCAUUGUACACGGUGGGCGAUUGCAAUGCCGACGGUUGCCGCAUAAAUGGUCCAUUUAAAGUCGAAGAGAACUGGAGCUUUGCUCCAUUAAUUAUGGGCUACUAGCCUUAGAAUAUAUAUUUAUUAAUAUAGAGUAUUGCAUUUAAAGCUUCA